GUUAUCACAACUGUCGACCACAGGAAUAAAAACUAAUGACAAUCAGUGGCGAUUUUCAAGCUAAACAAGUGACCUAACAGAAAUGCUUAUUCACACAUCAAAUAACUUAUGGAGACAACAAUUUUCUUACAACUGUAUUUUUUAUGCAUCACCUCUAUUAUAUUCUAUACAUGAAUAAAUCAGUUGCGUUUUUUAUGCACUAGAUAUGUCAAUAAUCGAUCCUUAUCAUCUGAUGAUCAACAGUUAAGUUCAUACUAAUUUAUCUUCCUCCAACAAUUUAAAACACUAGUAUCACUAGUGUGGCAUUUAAAAAUCAUCAUCUGACCUUAUAAUAACAUUACUAUGUACUACUUCAAAAUGUGUCUCCUAGGCCCAUCACACAUAAUGUAAUUAAACAUGUGCAUCAAACAAAAAUUAUGUAACGAUCAUGAUCUAUGUAUAUUUAUGCAUCAGUCUGAGAAAAACAGGAUCUUGAAUGACACCUUUAGUUGUACCAUACUACUGAUGGAUAGGGACACAGUACUCUCCCUAGUCUUUUCCAGUGAGAAAAUUUGAAAAAUGAUCCAUUCCCUCCACCAUGCUCAUACUGUGUGAUGUUACUUGCAUGUAUAAAUAGAUGCCUAAAGCUGCAUAUUCCUAGCACCUUCAGCUCCGAAGUCCAACUAUUAUAGCCACAUAUAUUUGAGAAAGCAUCAAAUGAACAUCCUUGAAUCUUCCACUCAUAGUGGGUGCCAAGUGGUGAUCAACGAGAUUGAACACCAAAGGGCUCUCAUGACGGACCUACAUGACCUUAUCCUACCAACACUUGAUCCCUGUAGUAGGCAGGAUGCGCAGCAACUCUUUCAAGAUAUAUUCAGUUCCUCAAGUAAGGUUAUCUCCUUUCUCCAACUUGGUGAUAACAGUAAGAAACCGGCCAAUCUUAUCAAAUAUAGAAGAAAAGGUGGUAAGAAUAACGUGGAGAGUCACAUGUUGGGGGACGAAGCUAAAGAAAUUGGAAAUAAGAGAAGGAAGAAUGCACAACACACAGGUUCAGUUAUGACACAAGCACCACACUUUGAUGGAUAUCAAUGGAGGAAGUAUGGGCAAAAGUGGAUCUCCAAAGCAAAGCAUUCUAGGAGCUACUAUAGAUGUGCCAAUAGUAAAGACCAAGGGUGUCUUGCAACCAAGACAGUGCAACAAAAGGAAUCAGAUGGCAGCACUGGAACAGUGAGGCUGUUCAAUGUUGAGUAUUACGGCCAGCACAUUUGCAAGAAGGACGACAUAAUCCAUCCAUAUGUUGUUGAGACAACAGAUUAUAGUGCACCAAUUGCCAACUAUAACCAAAGCAGUAGCAGCUCAAUGUUUGUUCAUAAUGAUGUCCUUGGAAUUCACGAUGAAAGCUUCGAAAACUUUUUCAUGGUGCCAGGAAUGCCAGAAUAUUUGACAGAUUUCACAGAUUUUGAAACGGCAGAGGCACUUGAGGUUACAUCUAUGAUAAUCUCCGAAGAUAUAUGGGCGUAGUUAAAAGGAACUCCUUUGAAGGUGUACGUCAAUCGGUUCACAUGCAGACAGCCAUUACUGCUUCAUGAGUUGUGACAAGAAAGGGACACAAGUUUGUUACCUGUAGAGUACAGUAUGUGUGAUAAGCAAAGAAAGUGGAUGUGCAGAGUGGACAGAAAUUUAUGUCUUAAAAGUUGUAAAUGCUGUCCCACAUGCAGAAAGUUGAUGUACUAAUAUCUAGACUUUCCUUUGAGUGUAACUAUUAACCAUCCCAUUCCUACA